AUGGGGAAUUCGCCGAGCAACAGCGAAGCUGAAGAAGAAAUAAGAGAAGAAUCAGCAAUCGAAACCGAUGAAAAUGACAAUGAAGGCGAAAAAGAAAGCAGCCUGUUGCACCUGACAGAACUACUUUUUGAUUUAUCUGCAUUGCGGAACAUGGCUUGUAAAUUAGAUGAGGAUUUACCUCAAGAUGUUAUCAGUCAGCAUCAAACUUAUAUUUUGCGUUGGAUUGAUGAACGAAUGUCCAGGAGAGAUACAACCAUUACAAUGAGAGAAUUCUGUGAAAUGCUAAUACACAAAGGAGUUUCUGAGAAAGAUGCUGCCAAGGCAUUCCAGCUCUUUGACACAGAUGGCAUUGGAGCCGCUGAAUUGCAGGACAUUGAACGUGAGGUUGGCUCCACUUCUUUACAAACAAAAUGUGCCUUCACCGAACCAGAGCGAAGCAUUCGUAAGCUGAAAUCAACUACUCUGAUUCGUGAUGUUGUUCAUAUUUUUUCCGAAGAACCCGUGAAAGGAAGUUCUAGUUCAAAAAUUCUAAAGUUUUUAGUUCAGAACAGAGCUCCAAGUACGUCAUUAAGUCUUUCCAUCAUGAAGGGAGUCACAAAUGUAAUGGAUUUAAGAAUGGCAUUAGUCAAGUCUUCCUUCAAGUCUAUGGACAACUUUGUCGCUGAAGAAUCUCUGGGCAAUGGAGAAGAGAUACAAAUGGUUGUCAAAUGCAUUCACUCAGUGGAAGUGUCCACAAACCGACUUGAUACUUAUCGUUUAACAAAUGGAAACAGUUCCUCCUAUUGGCAGUCAGAUGGUACUUGUCGGUCACACUGGAUCAGAUUACGGAUAAAAAACAACGUGGUCAUAAAACAGCUAAUAAUAAAUGUUUCCUCUUUGGAUCAAAGUUACAUGCCUCAAAUUGUGUCUGUAUCAGUGGGGAAAUCAGUGAGUACACUCAAGGAAAUCAAAGAAGUCCGAAUUCCAAAUCAUGUGAAUGGAGAGUACACACUUGUUGAAAAUUUGAAAUCUUAUUUCCCUCUUAUACAAAUCAACAUCAAGAGAUGUCAUAGUGAUGGCUGCGAUACUCGAGUUCACGGUGUCAAGGCUCUUGGUUAUCGCAUAAAACCAAAGGAUCCUGGAUUGAGUGUCUCUGAUGCUUCAGCAGUCUGGUUCAUGCAGAUCAUGUCCACAUGGAUCACGUCUGUAUUGCCGAGCAAUGAACUCAUGAAACAGAACGUUCUUAUGAAGACGAGAAAUGCAUUAGAGAAUAUGCAGCCAUUGUGUUUAUCUCAAGUCAGCAAUGAACGGCCACAAUUUCUCAGCCGACAUGUCCUGAAAGAGAUUGACAAAUUCUUAUCAGAUGUCCUUUUUGAUGCUGAGGGAAAGAUUGUGAAAGAUGAUUUGGAUAUUCUUCUCAGUUUUAAUUUGGCAAGAGGAAGUAUGAAAGGAUUGGUAAAAACUAUAAAGAUGUUUCAAGACUUCCCUGACCUCUCAAUGCCUUGCUCUCAACUCAUGAUAAAGAUGAUCAAAUCCAGAAAUUUGGCUUGGGAGAAGCAAGCAAAUAGUUUGGUCCUGCCUCUUUGUGGUUGUGAUGGUGGUCAAAUGGAUGAAAAAUCUGCCCCUAACAAUGUCUUGGGCAAUCAUUGGAACCUUCAGGUAUAUUUCACAGAAGAAGGAAAGACCCAGGUGAACAUGUUCUUUGAAGCACCUGACUAUGUACGACUGACCAAAUUAAGGAUCAAAGUUGUCUCUGGUGAUCGAGGAGCUCGACGAGGCCUGGUGUUUGUCUAUCGUGAUGAAGAAAAAUUCAACCUUGAGAAGCAUGUGAAUCGUUUUAAAAAGUUUGAUGACUGGACGCGAACUCAGUCAAAAACUUACAACACUGAAGAACUUUUUGUGCCUUCUUCUGAAGAUGAUCCUGUAGCCGUAUUUGAAUUUGAUGAUGAUUGGGAUGAAUUAGAAAUUCCUGUUGUUUGGUAUCCAGAAGGAAAGUAUGUGCUCGUGAAAUUUUUGGAACCUCGAAGUGAUAACAGUGGAAGAUUGGGAGUGCGAGGAAUUCGUUUUUUUGGCUUCCAUCAAAGUGUUGUAUUUUCAGAAACUAAUUUGCCUGUCACCAUAUCUAAUUUGAAGCAAACUUGCUUGACAGGAGAAGAGAUUCAAAUGUUAGUUCUCAAUUUCCUCAUUGACUUGGCACAAGUUCAGUUGAACACAAAGAAGUCAAAUCGUCUGGAAGUUCUGGAAAUAGAUGAGGUUCCAGUUCAUGAAAUUUGGCAUGUAAUCACUACUUAUAUGGGUGUGGAAAAUUAUGAUAAAGUGAGUUCUAUGAUUCACCUGUUACACUGCCUUUUACCUGUGAUGACUUCUUUGAAUGAUGAUCAAAAGAUUUUAAUUGACCAGCUAUUCAACUUUCUUUGUGAAAUUCUGGAUAAUCCCAAACCUGGCCAAAAUAAAAUUCACAAAAUUGCUUGGCAGCUUAUAUUUGAUGGUGCUGCAGUGUUCUUUCCAGACAAAGAAUCUCGAGGAGGGAAACUUCUUUGCUUAAUGGAUGAUGUAGGGAAAUUAGUUGAGAAGCCUUCUAUUCAGUUAGUGUUUCAAUCACUUUGUCAAUUCUACACAACUGCUGAGCCAAUGAGUUUGCUCUCUUUGCCAAAUGGUAAUCUUGAGACUGCUGAGAAUUUUAACUCUAGCAAAUCGUUAGCUUUGCUUGAGAAUUUGAUAUCUGUGAUCUGCCAUGACCUAUGUGGAGUUGUGAACAUGAAGUCAAUUAAUGAACAACUUGUACCAUUGCAUAAUCUGUUUAGUGCUCUUCAAACAUCCCUUAUCUAUUGGUGUUGGCAACAUUUAAAUUCUACCUCAGAACUGUCAAAGGCAACAGCAAAAGACAUUGUCCUCAGAUAUUCUGUGACUAGUGCUCAAAAAGUGAAUGAAUCAUUUCAGUUCCUUUUAACAAAAGAUCAUGAAACUCUGAAGGAAGUAUUACCAAGAUUAGAUAAAUUGUUUCCAUCGAUACCAUUCAGGCAGUUGUUAAUUCUUUUAAGCAACAUUACUGAAGUGCUGGAUCCUGCGUCUCGCUGUCUACUGCUACAACAUUUUAAGCCCAUCUUACUGCAACUCUAUCACAUGUCCUUAGAACUGCCAGAAUUCUUUCCCAAUCUUUCACAUAAUUUUUGGUUACACAGUGAUAAAGACGAAGUUGUAUUGAAAGAAUGGGAAGUUGAAUCACCUCAUCAUUAUGAAAAUAAUCAACACAUUUCUCAGAGUUUCCAUUGUCCUGGGGCUUCCAAAAUUGUCGUGUCUUUUGACAGUCGCUGUGAAACAGAAAGUAGGUAUGAUUAUCUACAAUUCAAAGAUGCUACAGGUGAAUCUUUCCGAUUUGCCCAUAAAGUCGGCUUAGAUGGGUGGCCUGAUGUCUUCAUUUUUGCCGGUCCCUCAUUACAUUUCACAUUCAAAUCAGACAGUAGCAAUACUGAAUGGGGAUAUAAAUUCAAGGUAGUGGCACGAGGUAGUGCUGACACAGUUCUUACCUGGCCCUAUGACAUGCUGCUGCUGCUUACAAAAUUAUUUGGGCAAUUGUGUGGAUCUGUUCUCACUGCUAAUCCAGUGGCUGCCAAAGAUCCAAUCAGCUUGUUUAUGGAUGACAACACGGAAGACCUUUGGGACAAUGCAUUGUGGACGACCAUUUUUAGAGGGGGAUAUACCAGUCCUGUCCUCCAAAGAACACUCUCAGGAAGUUGUUUCACAGAUGUCAAUCCAGAUGUUCUCCAAUUGCUCAAUGAUAUGAUGGAUGGUCAUCCAGGACUUGGAGCUGACUUACUGCAAAAAUGUCGUGAUCAUUGCAAGCCACAACAAAUUGGUGGCAUUGAAUUUGAUAAAGCAAUUACUGCUGUUUUUGCUGCUAUUCUUUGGCACAGCCAGGAUCUUCGGGAAGAACUGGAAUCAUACAUUGACCAGAAAGACACUUGGAAAAUUCCAGACAGUAUUUACACCGCUUUCAACUCUGCAGAAUCCAUUCGAAAACCUUUGAUGAGUCAAAGGCAGAAAAUGGCAGUUGAAGCUGACAAAUCCAGUCGAACAACUUCAGAUGCUGAAAAUCCAGUUACUGUUUGUCAAGAAAAAGCCAGGUUUUUAUUAAAGUUUGCAGGACUCAGUCAGAAUGAAAUUAAAGGAAAAGCAAACAGUGAAAAACGUUUUUCUUUUCAUCAGAGUGAAGUCAAUUCUGCAGAACCUUUACCACUUGUCAUGGAAUUUGUGAAAAGUGAAAACUGGACAAUAGAAAAAGUGCAAAGCAUGCUGAAAGAACGUUCGGAAUAUGCCCAUGUGCUUGUUGAGAUUUACAAUUUCAUUGGAGAUUUUAUUUCUGAUAUGAGCACAAAUGAAGAUAUUCUGCAGAUUCCCAUCAUCUUAUUUUUUCAAGAAUUGCUGUCUUAUCAAAAUCACUCAUUGCAUUAUUGUGAAUCAUUGGAUGGCUGUGGUCUGGAAUUGGAGUCCAAAAUCCAAGAAUCCUUCUAUAAUCUUCUUUUGAAAUUGAUUAAUGCCUUUCAGCUUUGUAAAAAGAGAGAACUGUCAAGGGUGAAGGAGGCUGCCUUUAAUUGCUAUCAAGCUUACCUCUUACAUUUACUUGAUAUCAAUUGGCAGGUCUAUGAUUUAUCAUUUAUCCAUAAAAUAGAUUUACCAACAUUCCUUUUUCAAGUAUCAAAAGAUAAUUUGAUUACCAAAAAUUGCAAGCCCGAUGUGAUUGAAGAAGAAGCUGAACUUGAAGAGUACGAACGACAUAUUAAGAUGUUGAAAAAGACAAACAAACAGGACUUUAAUUCUUUUGAAGAGAAAAAUGGACCAGAGAAAAAGGAAUAUGAAGAAUUCAUAUCAAAAUUCUCAUUUCUUUUGGAUAUGCAAGUCGUCUGCAAUGGAUGCCACAAGAAAAUCCCAGAUGGUCGUUACAAGUGCCUUCAGUGUUCUUCCCUUGACCUCUGCACUUCAUGCAUAUCAGGAGGUUGUUUACGAACAGAUAAAGAAAGCCAGGAGCAUCAAGAAGACCAUAAUAUCUAUCACCUUGUGUUUCACUGUGAUGCUUGUGAAGGCUACAUUACUGGGACACGUAUUUGGUGCAAAGACUGUGAUUACCAUUUGUGUCUUGGAUGUUACAAAACAUUUGGAAACUUUUCAUCUCAUCACAAAGAUGAUCACACAGUUAAGAAGAUCCCACGUAUCAUAUCCAAAUCGAUUGCCAUUGAGACUUACAUCCAGCAACAUUCAUGGAUUCUGUAUGUUUCUUUGGCUCUGCAACUGAACAGAAUGUCUUCACGAGAGCAGGCUACUAACAUGGAUAACCGUUACUACCCGUUGGCUUUUGAAUUACACAACAAAUGCAUCAACAUGGUUCUUAAUGAUCUCUUAUAUGGACUUGAUGAAAAUGAGCUCAGCUUUCUUGGAGAUCCUCGUCUGAUUGAUUGUUGUGAUGAGCAACUUUUUACCAGUCACUUACAAUUCAAGAUUUUCUCAUUGCUUGGAAUGCUGAUUCAAGAAGAUGGCAAAGGAAUGAACUCUUUUGAUAUGUACAAAUGUAUAAGUGAAGAUACAUUCCAUGAAUUUCUCAAAGCCAUGUUCCAAAUUUCCAGUAGUAAAAUUAUGUAUGAUGACACAACAAAAUUCAUGGCAAUGGGUUUGCUGGGACGUUUACUCACCAGAAGCACUCUCCAGUGUGCAGACAAGGCUAUGUUAUCAAUUGAAGACAAAGUCAUGGAUCAGCUUGCAACUGGGGAGAAAGCUGUGAAUUUCUUGCUAAUGUGGGGAGGUAAUUGCUUUGAAAAGGGCAACAUUGAAUGGGCUUGCUCAAUAGCCAGAACAAUCCAUAAACUAGACAGCAAAAGUCACUGGAAUGAUGUCAUUACAAAAUACAUCCAUGAAUGCAUCAAGCCAAUUGUUGAGAGUGUCAUAUCUAUGCCAAAAAAUCUUCCAUUUGCAUUAUUUUCCAUGUUUGUAUUGGCUGGAUUUCCAGAAAUUCCAAAUGUUGGUUCCAUGAUAUUUUAUAGUCUGAAUGGUCAGAAAGAAAAACCAGGAAUUGUUCUUAAACAUUAUUCAGACAAACGCCAAACUCUAAUUGCCGAUAUGAAAAACAAGAAAUGGCACAAGAUCAAUGAUGAUGCAUUUGUCUACGAGGAAAGUACGGCUAUUAAUGUGAUAGACACAGAAUGUGACUUUACAAGUCUACUGGUUAACACAAUCAGUCAAAUUGGAAAACUCAUGGAAGGGGAAAAUGUCUGCAUGGAACUUGUCUGGAUCAUGUCCCUUGCACAGAAAAUCUUGUUCCGGAUUUUCAAGAAUAUGAAUCCAUUUUUUGUGAAAGAAAUCUCCACUGCAGAAUUUGUCAGGUGCCUUGUGGAUUUUGCCAGCCAAGGUACUGGAUUAGACAAGCAAUGGAUGCUUAAAGAUUUAGAGACUGUGUUUGCAAGCCAGAAAUAUUUCAUCCAAACAGCUUUUGAUGAUUACAUACUGAAAGAACUUGGACAAAGGUUUUUUUUUAGUGGCAAAAGCGAACUGGCAACUGAAGUACCUGAAGAAACACCUACCAAUGAUGACCACUCAAUUGACACUGGUGUGCAGUAUGAAGAAUUCCGAGGAAUUCAAGAAGGGGCUUCAUCCUAUGCUUCUGAAGAAUUUGAUCUCUCUCAUGAGGACAUGAUUGCUUCCCCAGAUGAAGUUCAAUUUGAUAUUGAACAAGAACAAAAGAAAAAAAGCUGUGAACUCUUACAGAAGGCCAAUAAAACGAGAGUGAAUGAUGUCUACCUGAUGCAACUGGCUCGUGCAAUGGUCGUCCUCUACUCACGACAACUACUGGCUACAAUGCUAGCCAAAUGGCCAGAUGAUGCUCCGCUAAUCACGGCUGAUCUCUUUGGAAUCAAAAAUGGUUACCAAGUUUCUUGUAUAUUUGAUCUCUUGAAUGGGGUGCUUCCAAAGAAAAUCAUUGAUGAGGCCAUUCAAAAUGGUACGUUACACUGCCAUGAGAACAUUUUACCAGAAGUGACUCUGAUGGCAUGCCAAUUCCUUGAAGAAGACAAUGUGGUUGUGAUAACACGUGAGUCGAAGCACAAUUAUGAAAACAAUACAAAGGAGGAAGAUAAGAUCCAUAUUCCUGGGGCAUCGUACCUUAGUGUCACAUUUGACAGCAAAUGUUGUACAGAAGAAGGCUGUGAUGAAUUAGAAUUUUCAACUUCCUCUGACUUCCAGAAUAAUCUGCAUGAAGUCAGUGGUGUUGCACAUAGCAAUUGGACACCUUUUCAAGUUCCAGGUGACACAUUAUAUUACAAAUUCACCAGUGAUAAUGAAAACUCAUUCUGGGGCUACAAGUUUACUGUAACUGCUGGUUUUCGGGAUAGAUUUAACACAGGUUAUUUGAUAUUGCACAACCUCCUCUUUUCUAGAGUCUACAAACAUUUGCCCAUGAAAGAGCUUUGGAUGCAUCUUGUUCAUGUAGCUUGCAAGCAAACGCACAAGAAACGGCUGAACACCAUUUUGCUGCUAUUACAGAUGAUUCAGAUACAGUUUAAAAAUCCUGAUGCCAGUCAACGCAUUGAUCUCUCCCUUCUCUGUCCGCUGUGGGAUUUGUAUCUGGGCCUAAGUAAGAAUACGUCCAACAAGUCCGGCCAUUUACCUCCUCCUGUGGAGCGAGCAUUGACUGAACUUUUCUUACAUGCAGAGGAUCUGGCUGUGAAGUGGGGAGUCAGUACAGAUUAUUUGGUGGCUCUCCAAGAUUCUGAGGAUAUUAUUACCAAAGUUAUCCAGGGUGCAUUAGUUGUGGCUUCGAUUUGUUUUGCUACGUUUUCUUUUCUUGACCUGUUGUACUUUUUUUUUCUUCCUACUUUCUGCUACAACUUUCCUCUCUUUCUCUCUUCUCCGUCCCCUUCACUUUCUUUUUCUCGUUGUCACCGGCCCUCCUCUUUUCCUCUUUUCACGUUGUUGCACAUUUUCUCUCUUCUUAUCCUCGCAAUCCGCCUACUCUUGUUUUCUCUUCUCUCGUCGUCGUCUUCCUUUCUUUUUUUACAUUUUAUCCGUCCUCUCCUAUUGUCAUCCAGUGCCUCUCUUUUUCUCUUCCCAUCCACGUUCUCCCCUUUUUCUACCUCACAUCCUUGUCCACCCCUCUUUUUCUCUUCUUGUCGUCCUCUCUUUUUCUCUUUUUGUUCAUCCCCACCUCUUGUUAUCCUCCUCUUUUUCUCUUUCCUUUGUCGUCUUCCUCUCUUUUUCUCUUCUUGUUCGUCCUCUUCUCUUGUCCGCCUCCUCCUCUCAUUUUCCCUUCCUAUUGUCGUCCUACCCUCUUUUACUCUUCUCGUCAUCGUCUUCCUCUCUUUUUCUCUUCUCCUUGUCCUCUUUAUUUUUUCGUCCUGUCGUUGUCUUCCUCUCUUCUCAUUAUCUUUCUCCUCUUUUUUUUUUUUACCUUUCCUUUCAUCGUCGUCGUCUUUCAUUCUUUCCCUCUCUUCUCGCCUCUCUCUUCCUCUCUGA